GUGCGAUUGGUCCUCGGAGAUGACUCCGGUUCUUAUUGGCUGCGGGUUGGGGGGUAGGUCGGACCACCACGCGCUGUCUGCUUCUUUGUAACAAGUUCGAAUGUAACGGAUCGGCAGAGAAACAAAACAAAACGACAAGGCGAGAGGCGCUCUUCAUAUAACUCACAUAAUACGACUAACAGACGACCGUGUGUUAGAGACCAGUUAAUUAUCAAAUACACAGGGGUGCUGGGUGACGUGGCUGAUUUAGAGGACCCGAAGGAAGGGCAGAAAAAAACAAAACAAUUUCUUUCAUGAAAUAUCUUUGGAAAACAGAAAACGGGGGGAAUAUACGAGGGGAACAUUAUAAACGUGUGUAUAAGACUAUUCACUGAAUGCAAUUCUGGAGGGUCUGUUUUUUUCAAAGUGGAACCUCGUUUUUAUUAAGAUUAGAUCAUUGUUUUUAAAAAGAAAUAAAUCAGAGGAAUAGCCUGCAGUGCUAGGGAGCAGGAGGUUUGACCAAUGGAAAAAUAUAAACGCUAGAUAGAUGAGAGUAACCAAAGGUGGAGACAGCAGCUGACAGAGAGGAAACAACAGCAAGAAUAAACGAGACCAUCGUGGAUGAAUCAAAGAGUCGGGAUCUGGAGAAGGAGAAGUAUGAAAUGUAAUCAGAGACACUGAAGAAGGCUCGCUACAGAGGGGAUCUCUGCUGCUGGGGACCGCAGUACUGCUCAUCGCGAAUGAGAGAAAAAACAAAGGCGAGAAAGCAUUCUCUGGAACCGGUUAGGAAGAGGACAUUUGUUGAGCGUCUAUUUCUCCUGUGGUGUCUGUGUGGACCGUACCACACACCCACUCCAGAACAACGACGGCUUUUGCUUGGAUUUUCCAGUGUUUUUUCUGUCAGCAAGUUCAGCAGAGUUGUAACUCUUCGAGUGCCAGCCCGGAGCUCAGCGAGGAGGAGCAGCCACACACUGAAAUGGUGAAGAUGACAAAGUCCAAGACUUUUCAGGCGUACCUGCCAAACUGUCACAGGACCUACAGCUGCAUCCAUUGCAGAGCACAUCUUGCAAACCACGAUGAGCUCAUCUCAAAGUCGUUCCAGGGCAGCCAAGGUCGAGCCUACCUCUUCAACUCUGUGGUGAACGUGGGCUGUGGGCCAGCAGAAGAGAGAGUCCUUCUAACAGGGUUACACGCUGUAGCCGACAUCUACUGUGAAAACUGUAAAACCACUUUAGGUUGGAAAUAUGAGCAUGCCUUUGAGAGCAGUCAGAAGUACAAGGAAGGAAAGUUUAUAAUUGAAUUGGCUCACAUGAUCAAGGACAAUGGCUGGGAGUGAAUCUGAGACCUUUUCUUUUUGAGAACUGCUUGGGUCCAGGACUUCAGAGAGACCCAGUGGACAGAGACACAUGUGUUCAGGUGGCUCAGCGCAGAACUUUAAAAAGCCUCACAACUGAUUCUUCUGUUGGCUCACUUGAGCCCUUGUGGUUUCUUCUUCUUCUUUCUUCCCAGUUACAGCUUUUGGUGUAUUCUAUUCUGUUACAUCUGAACCACUAUUCAAAGAAAACAAUUGUCACAUGACCAUUUUUUUUCCUAGAAAAAAGACACAAACAAUACCUUGUGGUUUUAGUGCGUGAAUGUCUACAUUUCUUGUGAGAGACUCUUACUGAUGGCAGACUGAUGUUACUGGUUAGCAUUUUUCUCCUUUGACUCCUGUCGUAUCUCUACCUGUUGCUGUGCAUGCUUCCUUUGCAGUGUAAUGAUGGGAUUUUGCUGAGCAGCCGUCUCGGAUGCUGGCUAGGGAGGGAUCAGUAAUAUGUAGCACUUGAUAGUAUUUUAUAGAUGGGGAGGGGGUUGCAGUGAUGUGGUAUUUGUAUUAAUGAUAUCCCCUGUGUACCAUGUAUUACUUUAUUUUCUUGACUGUGCAAUCUGUGGCCACGCCUGGUACUACACAUUACAACACCUAUAUAAUUGUGACAUGAACAGGAGUGGGUACUUGGGCAACUAACCUUGUUUCAAUGGCAUUUGUGGCUGGUUCCAUGUUGCAGCAGCAGUACUAGUUAAAAUAAAUGCACUGGACAGUAGGGGAACCCGAUUUAACUGCUUUCCCCAGUAAAGCAUUUCCCUGCAUCGGUGCAGAAACGGCAUACUUGAAUGCAGUUAUUCCUUUUGCACUUUGCUGAGGUCAUGACUUCAUGAGAGUUUAGAGGCAAAUGUCUGUCCCUUUUGUCCGACUCUGUCAGUCUUUUUCAGUGUCUCGAUUUGCCUUUUCAUUAAUGAUUGUAAGAAAACUAAAUUAUGGGUUGACUGGUUGCUGGAAAAAAUCAUCUCCCUGUAGUUUUAAAACUGUGCUAAAUAUGCUGAAGGAGCAGAGCAUUGGUAGAAUAGAACAUUUUCACAUUAUUGCCCUUUUAAAGCAUUGCCUGGUUUUUCAUUCUUAAAAACUCUUAAAAACACUAAGUUGCCUCCUUUCCCUCAUUUGGAAACAUGCAGGCAUUUCUGUGCCACUAAAUACAAAUACAAAACAUAAUGUGACUAAUUAUCUCGAAGAUUUACAACACUUCUGCUGCUAUUCAUAUAUUUUUUUGUAUAAAGAAAAAACUUCUUCUCGACCUUGACUUUAGUCUUCUGCACUUUACUGUUUCAACAGAGUAUUCGAAUGGUCAUUUCUGUGUAAAUGUUAAUUCUGUGUUUGCCUCUAUCCAGCAUGAACCUCGUGCCUCUUCAAAAGAUCCUGUCUCCUGUUGUGCAGUGCAUGACCUGUAUGUCCUGAGAAAUUUAAGAUUUAGGGCAACUUUCUUGGGGCUCAUUCACCAAAACCUACACCGUGUACAGUAUGUUGAAAAAUGUCUCUCUUAAAUAACCUCAGCAUUAUUAAUAACCAUGCUGAAAGUUGCUAAAGUACUAAACGCAAGUGGAAUGUGUGUCCCCCUCUCUAAUUGGGUGGUGUUUGCUCGGGGGUGGGUUGGGUAAAAUGUAUUGCAUUGUGUAUUUAAUGGUGUGACACAUGCUUGUAGUUCCAGUAAGCCCGCAUGUUUUAUUUCAGAGAUGAAAUACUGAUUCUGUUUUUUGGUGAAUUUGAAACGAGGGUGUUGCAGACUGCUGAGGGAUAGGAUGGCCAGUCUGGUUACUUGGUCUUUAUCAGCAGGACAGAUAAAAUAAAUACAAAUAAAAACAAACAAACAAAUAAACUACUUGAAAAAUAUACAGACGAAAAAGAAGAAAAAAAAAAAAAAAACUUUGAAAAUCAUUUUCCCUGUAAGAGUUUUGUACAUAUAAUAAGAACAUAUUUAAAGUUUUAUACCUAUUUCUACUGGGCGAGUUCCUUCACUUCCCUAACUUCAAGCACUUUUGUUACUGUACCUUUUUUUCGUUUGCUAUCACACUAUGGUUUUGUUUUCUUCGGAGCUGAUAGUGAGCGCAGGGAUUUCCGGCUUUUUCCUGGGUGAAAUUCAGAUUGCAGUAGCUGGCUCUUUCUUGAACCAAAUGAACAUUCCGUGAGCUGGUUUCUCCUGGUUUUUUCAUUGGCAGUAAAUUGGAGGGUGCUAGCAAAUCAUAUAUGGAAAAAUCGACAAGCUAUUGUCAUUGUAAAACAAUUUGACUGAAUUCAAAAUGAUGUGUAUCGUGGUCAUGCAUUUAAAAUAUGUGAAUACAAAAAAAAGCAUACAUCAGUGAAAUGUAUAUCAUAUAGAAUUUUUGACAAUCUUGAUUGCUUUACAAAAUUCCCUUUCUAAUUGCAAUUAGAAGAAAAUCUAGCGCUUCGUAGCAUGGCUGUAAAGAAUCUGUUAGCAAGCAGUACUGUUUCUCACAUGGGGUAACUUGAAGGUGAGCUGGAUUCACUUCUAAUUGUUGUGUAGUGACACUGACUGAAGCUUUAGAUCUGCUCAUGUACAGGAUAGCAAAUGUCACUAAAGAAUUAGAACAAGGUAACCUUAGAUGCAGUUUUAUGCAAAGGAAAAGAUUGUAAGUUUGAAGAGUGUUAUUUUCAUAGGACUGUUAAACAUAUUAUAAGGUCUAAAGCAUGUUGUAUUUAUAUAAUUAUAUUGAGUCGUGCCUGAUUUUUCUUUUCUUUUAAAUGCAAAAAAUAAAUAUGCUUUUUCUUUUCAUUUUUUUUUUUUUUGGCUACAUUGCUAUGCUACCUGUCUUAGUAAAAAUGUAUGUCACAUUUGUCCAAUAUUUUCACUGUAUUGUAUCUAUUUCAGAUAUCACAAUAAAGUCUUUCAAUGGUA